AUUCGUUCGACCCAUUUGUCUCACCCACUCGGUUAGGGUUUAAGAGCUUUUCUUUAUUCCCCACAUCCGUCAGGAGGAAGACUGUCAAGAUCGAUCCGUGAUGGCCUCGCUCUGUAGGUCCGCCGUCAUGGCCGCCGGGAGGUCCGUCGCGUUCCGCUCCAAAUCCAUACUCCCGAAGCCUGCGCCGUCCCGAAGGGCCGCCCCUUUCGUUCGGAGGUCGAUCGCACCGGCAUUGGGGAGCGUCGAUUCGCUGAUGCCGCUUCACAGCGCCAUCGCCGCCGCUCGCCUCAGAUCUUUCAUUGCGGUCGAUUCCUCAUGUUGGAGUUGGCUCUCCCAAGGACGUUCUUUACCUUUGUGACCGAGGUGUGCUGGUUUUAUGCUAUGUGGGAUCUUAGAUUCUUACUGCUGCUCAUUUACUUUGAAGACCGUAAUUUGUCUUUUACAAGUCUUGAACUGCAGCAAGUGAUUGGGCAUACCUUACUUUUUAGCCCAAGUACCCCUUUUAUUUUUGAAAUUUAUUGAGAUAGCAUUUCUUGUUUAUUAGCCUUUUAACAUAACCUGUUCUUUCUAGAGUACAUCAUAUUACUCGCCGUGUACCCUUUAGAUGAAAAUUUGAUGUUACAAGUACUGCAGCUAUAUUAUUGGAAUGUGUUCCCUGUUUGGA